CCUUGGACUGCAAAUGGCUUCUCUGAAAUCCAUACUUAAUACACUGAUCUGGGCUGUAUUACUCCUCAUCAUAACACCAGCCAUUGCAGUCUCCGAUGAAGCUUUUCGCAACUGUGUGACAACAAAUGGCAUAAGAAAUGUAACAAGCAUGCAAUCCAAAAACUACAAAAUCUUGCUAGACUACUCCAUACAGAACCUCAGGUUCGCGACAUCCCAAAUACCAAAGCCCAAUUUCAUCAUUAUCCCGCAGACCAACCAGCAAGUCCAGGCCACGGUCACAUGCGCUGGCAAAGGAGGCUACGAAAUCCGUGUACGGAGCGGCGGCCACAGCUACGAAGGCACCUCCAGCACAGCCGAAUCGCCCUUCGUGAUAAUAGAUCUCAUCAAUCUCAACGCCGUCAAAUUGGAUGUCGCCACAAAGACGGCGUGGGUUGGCGGUGGCGCAACGGUCGGGGAAAUUUACUAUGCGAUUGCUCAGAAUGACGGCGGUUUCGGCUUUACGGCGGGGUCGUGCCCAACUAUUGGCGUCGGCGGGCAUUUUAGCGGCGGCGGCUUCGGCCUUAUUUCUAGAAUGUUCGGCCUGGCGGCGGACAACGUGGUGGAUGCGCUGGUGGUGGACGCAGAGGGAAAGCUGCUUAACAGAAAAACCAUGGGCGAAGAUUUCUUCUGGGCAUUACGUGGUGGCGGCGGCGGGAGCUGGGGAAUUGUGGUUGCAUGGCAGAUUAAGCUCGUGAAAGUUCCGCCCGUGGUCACAUCGUUCAGCGUCCCCAGGCAUGGCGUCGACAACGUGGCGGCGCUGAUGCAAAAGUGGCAGAAGGUGGCGCCGACUCUGGAGAAGGAGUUUUAUUUGUCUGUCAACUUGGCGGCGCCGAAUAACACAGCAAUGGCGGCUACGUUUAACGGAAUGUACCUUGGCCGGAAACCCAACAUGCUAAAAUCCCUCGAUUCUAGCUUUCCCGAGCUGGGUAUUCAGGCAAAUGAGUCUCGUGAAAUGAGCUGGAUUGAAUCCGUGUUGUUUUUCUCCGGCCUCACUGGUUCCGACGUAUCGAGUCUCGCCGCCAGAUAUGAUUCGAAUAAGUUGUAUUUCUAUGCCAAGUCCGAUUAUGUGAGUACACCCAUUCCCUUAGACGCUCUCGCCGGAGCAAUUAAGAUUUUCCAAGAACAGCCCUUGGGGAACGCAAUAUUUGAUCCUUAUGGAGGCAGAAUGUGGGAAAUUUCUUCGGAUUCUAUUGCAUUUCCUCACAGGGCUGGGAAUCUGUUCAGCAUACAGUAUCUUGUGUCGUGGCAUGAUGAGAAGGGAGACAGUGAAGCAUAUCUUGCAUGGCUGAGGAAACUUCACGCGUUCAUGGAGCCUUACGUGUCGCAAAAUCCGCGAGCUGCAUAUGUGAAUUAUUUGGACCUUGAUCUUGGUACUGUGGGGAAGAACAGUACAUCUCCUGUUGCAGAGGCGAGUAAGUGGGGUAAGAGAUAUUUUAUGGAUAAUUUUGAGCGGCUGUUGCAGGUGAAAACCAGAGUUGAUCCACACAAUGUGUUCCGCAAUGUCCAGAGCAUCCCUCCUGAUGUCCGCUCUUGAAGCCAUAAAAAGAUUUGAAUUGUUUAGAUUUCAGCGUCGUUUUAUUGAUAGUAAAAUAAGCUGGUCGAUUGAAGGCAUGGGAACAUGGUUCAGUAUAAUUGUAUCGAAACCGUUUGGGAAGCAUAGACUUCCAUUAGAUUGGUUUGUGAUUGUGUUUUGUAUGGAGUAGUUAAAAUGAUUUUGUGGAUGAACAAUCUUUUAUCAUAAUUUUUCUCUUUUUUGGGUUCG